CGUUACAUAAAAUAAAAUUGAAUAAGAGGGAGCCGUUUUCUCUUUUUCUUCGUUGUGCACACAGCACAGCACAAACAUGGCGGUGGUUGGUGUUCUUGCGCUACAGGGAUCCUUCAAUGAACACAUUGCUGCUCUUAGGAGGUUAGGUGUGAAAGGUGUUGAGAUUCGGAAGCCAGAGCAGCUUCAAAGUGUGUCUUCACUUAUCAUCCCUGGCGGAGAGAGCACCACCAUGGCCAAGCUCGCUGAGUAUCACAACCUGUUUCCUGCAUUGAGGGAGUUUGUCGAAAUGGGAAAGCCUGUUUGGGGAACCUGUGCAGGGCUGAUAUUCUUGGCAAAUAAAGCAACAGGACAGAAGACUGGUGGACAAAAACUGGUUGGUGGACUUGAUUGUACUGUGCAUAGAAAUUUCUUUGGCAGCCAGAUUCAAAGCUUUGAAGCUGACCUUCCGGUGCCAGAGCUUGCAUCCAAGGAAGGUGGUCCUGAAACAUUCCGUGGAAUUUUUAUCCGUGCUCCGGCAAUUCUUGAAGCAGGGCCAGAAGUUCAAGUUCUGGCUGACUAUCCUGUCCCUUCUAACAAAUUCUUGGAUUCUGAUUCCUUCAUUGAAGACAAAAAGAAAGUGGCCCAUAAAUGCGGCAAAGUCAUAGUUGCAGUCAGACAAGGAAACAUUCUAGGGACUGCUUUCCAUCCGGAAUUGACAGCCGAUACUCGAUGGCAUAGUUAUUUCAUAAAAAUGUCAAAUGCAAAUGUUGGGGAAGAAGCCUCAAGUAGUAGCCUUGUUCCAGCAGAGGUCGACAUAACUUCUAACCAACAACCGUGCAGUGACCUUCCUAUCUUUCAAUAGCACCAAAGAAUCACCAAUACUAUAUUGACAAUUAUGGAUGUUUAUCUUCAUUUACUUUCUUUAUAAAAGUGAUAUCUAGUAAUUUUAGAUCUUAGAAUAUAGCUUAAAUAGAGUUCUUACCCCUUUGUUUCUAUUGUGACAAUUACAGUACAUACUGUAUGUGCCUUGAAAGGCAUAAAAAAUGUUUAUAUUCUUUUAAGAUUUUUUUAUCUUUUGUUU